AUGCUCGCGCUCGGGUUAAGACCGGGUAAAACCACUAUUAUAAUUAAAAAAGCCCAGGCAGGGGCACAGGUUAGCGUUGCCUACGUUAACUCCCCAACCUUUAUUACCAUAUCCGGAGACGCUAAUGGAAUAAAAAGGAUGCUAAUGGCGGUUGAAAGUAAAGGAGCUUUUACUCGCAAACUGCUGGUAAAUACGGCCUAUUAUUCGUCUUAUAUAGACCUGGUUUUACAGGAUUAUAUAAAUUCUAUAUACGAUUUAAAAGUUAAACCAAAUGCAAGCAAAUUUGGAAUCCGCAUGCACACCUUAAUUACAGGCGCCGUGGUUCAUAACCCGGACGAGCUAGACCUGGUAAAACCCUUGUCGACUGGAUUUAAAAAACGGUCGCGAAAAAACGCCGUCGAUAUACUGGUGGAAAUCGGCCCCCAUUCGGUUUUUCGAGGGCCUUUUGUCCAAUCCCUUCAAACCAUUGGCGUUUCCAGCGUGCCGUAUUUUUCUGCUAUUAUAAGGAGCGAGAACGGAAUGCAGACGGCAUUGGGCCUUGCCGGUACGCUUUUUAACCACGGCGUUCCUCUUAAUUUUACCGCCGCCAAUGGAAAUAAAUCUUCUUUACGGCCACCUCGGACCUUGGUAAAUCUGCCUCCGUACCAAUGGAACCACUCCCAAAAACACUGGGCAAAAACCCGCCUUAUAAGGGAAUUUAAACUUCGAGAGCAUGGUCCAAAAAACCUGAUCGGAGCACCCUUUUCUGCGACGUCGGCCAACGAGCAUAUAUGGCGGGGGUUUUUAAGAUUCGAGGAGCAGCCAUGGGUUAACGAUUACAAAAUUAACGACUUAACUUUAUAUUCCGGCGCUGGAUUUAUCACCAUGGCGGACACGCAAAAUAUAAGGACUAUAACAGGCUUUCGGCUCCGCGACAUCCAGCUUAUAUCCGCGAUGCUUGUCUCACCGGACAAAGGUAAAAUUAAAUACACCCUAAAUUUAAAGGCUGGGCCAAAUAAAGAUUGGUACCAGUUCGCUGUCGUUAGCUUUGGAGAUGGUCGGUCUCUAACUUACAAUUAUAUCGGAAUUAUGCUGGUUAAAUACGAUAAUGUUCAACUGGGUUUAAUAGAGCAGUUGGAGAUUGCUGCUGCUUUCGCGACAGCUUCGUCUUCUUACCACCAAACUAUCGAUCCGGGCAAAUUUUACGAAACCCUUAAACACGUUGGUUUCCACUACGGCCCCUGUUUUUCGAACGUCACUUCACUCUUUUGCAAACCCGGCACAUGCGUGGGUAAUAUCGUCAUUCCCGACGUUGGUUUCACAAUUGCCGACACCAGCCCUAUAUUAGAUAAUUUGUACAAGGAGCGCCCGCAUAUCGUGCAUCCAACCUUCCUCGACGCCGUAUUCCAUUUGGGGUUUGCUGCACUUAUGGGAGAUGGCCAAAAGGUGAUUAACCCAAUGGUUCCAACAUAUAUUAAUGAGAUAUAUUUGAGCAAUCGUCUACCUAUUAAUGUUAAAAAGCACCUAAAGGGCUUCGCUUAUAUUAAAAUGGCCGGGUUAAAGAACCUCCAAACUAAGAUUGCUAUUAUGGACGAACAAGAGAGUAGCCCCGUUUUAACAAUACGGGGAUUAUAUUGCUCCCAGAUUAAUAAUGCCACGUCCGGAGCCGCAAAUAUUGGGUUACCUCCCGUUGUUAAAAAGGAGGCAAGUUAA